AUGGAGGAGAGGGUCCCCCCACCACCGCCACCGCCGCCGCCACUGCCGUCGCCCCCUCAGUCCAAUGGCCAGACCUCCCGUGUCUCCAGCACCUACAUCGUCCAGGUCCCCAAGGACCAGAUCUACCGGGUCCCCGCACCCGAGAUUGCCUACCUCGCCGAGCGCUACCAGAAGCCCCGCGGCGGCGAACAGGUCAGCCGGCCAUGGUUUACGUGCGUUUCGCGAUGCCUCGUCGUCCUCUUCAUCGUCGUCCUUUCCCUUGUUGUCGCCGUUGCUGUCUUUUACCUGGUCGUAAGGCCCGCUUUCCCCACCUUCUCUGUCGAGAGCCUCCACACCAUCAACUCCAGCCGCCAUGACCGUCUGUCGGUGCACUACGCCGUCGCCAUAAGGAUACGGAACCCCAGCGUCCAUAUGGGUCUCUCCUACGAGAGAGGCGGCACCGCCGUCUUAUCUAACAGCAAUGGUAACAUCGCAACGGGGAAGACACCGAGCUUUUACCAGAGCUCCGGGGAGAUGAGGAUAAUCUUCCUCGACUUCUCCGGCCCUGCCCAGGUGAAUAAGAGUUUCUAUAGUCCAAGAACAAAGGUUGGCGUUUCCCUCUCUCUCUCGUUGAAGUUCCCGAUGAGGAUGAAGGUGGGGGCUGUUGAGAGCAUGGCUAUUGAAGUCGACGUCUGGUGCAGUUUUAGUCUGAGCUCUCUGGUGAAGGAGUCAAAGGUAAUGCGCCAAAGCUGUUACUUCGACCCGUAG